UGUGGUCGCGUUAACAUCCAAACAAAACAGAAUGCUUAAAAUAAAAUCAAAAUAAUCAAUAAAAAUUUAGUUAUAGUCUUAAUAAUGACUGAGAUUUGCUGUGGAUGUCUCAACAAUGACCGUAGGAUGGUGAAAAUUGAGGAUUAUAACGCGAAAAAAUGUUUUAUACAAAUUAUAAGUGAACUACCGAAUACCUACCUGGAGAAACAACUCCAACUCUGCUACGAAUGUGCCGGCCUCCUAUUAAAGUUUACUAAGUACAAACAACAGGUACUGCAAUCGUAUAAAGCGCUCAACAAUUAUGCUCAAAUAGAAAUAUUACCGUACAAAAAUUUAGAAACUAGAAAUCUUUACAACAUAUCAACGCCAUACCCUCAAACAGACGAUGCACUACAAACAAUAGAAGUGAUAAAAACCGAAAUAAACACAGAAGAAUACUUAUCUGACAUCAAAGAAGAAAGAGAGCUAUCAAACGACGAUGAACCCCUAAUAAAGGUAAAGAAAAAGAAGAAAAAGAACGAUCAAAUAAAGAAGGAGACAGAAGAUGCACAUUUUUUUGAAGUAGAAUUAAGCAAAGAAGAGAUCUUAGAAGAACUCAAGCAGUUGGCGUUGAGAGAAGAUUAUGUGAAUGCAAUGUUUCAAUGUGAAAAAUGUGUGAUGUCCUUCCCUAAUGCUGAUGACCUCGCUGAUCACAUUAGUCUGAAGCAUGAAAUGAAUUCAUCGAAGUAUAAAUGUUCGAUAUGCGAAUGUUCGUUCUCGUCGGAGGUUUCGUAUAAUUAUCACACGAACAAACAUACACGCAGAUACCAGUGCGUCGUGUGUAGGGAGAGAUUUGCAAGCAAGAGGGGGGUCCUGAAACAUUACAACAUGGUACACUGUCACAGGACUGACAUGGACUUUGAUUAUGAUAUUAGUACUGAAAAUUAUCCCCAACAUCCAGAUCAAAGUGCGCAGGACGACAAGGCGUCGUUUCCGUGCGAGUUCUGCGGGAAGACGUUCAAAUGGCGCACGUCGCUCAGGAAACACUUGGAGACUCAUCGCAUCGAGACGGGCGAGAAGAGGAAGCCGUACUGUGCGCCUUGCAGAUUGUCCUUCACAACAACAUCGAAUCUGCAGAAGCAUGUUCGAACCAGUUCAAAACAUCAAAUACAACUUAAACUAAGGAAGCUAACGGAGUCGCUACCGGAGCUGACCGGCCAGGACAGGCACAAGGCCCAACUCGAAAUAAGGAAGUCCGUCAACAAGUCCAGGCACCAGUUCCCCUGUACGCAGUGCGACAAGAGAUUCCUUUGGAGGGGAAACUUGUUGAGGCACAUGAACAGUCACGCGGCCAAGGCGAACGGGGAUUUGGUCUGUAAGCCGUGCAACAGAACGUUCUCGUCGAUAGCGACGUACCAGCAACACAUGAAGAUAAGCAAGAAACACGUGUCAGAGAAUGAUUUCAAGUUCAUGUGCAGCGAUUGCGGGAAAAGAUUCCCGACGAAGUCUCGCCUGAGGGAUCACAUUAACUGGGAACAUCUCAAGAACUACGUGUACAGCUGUGACGAAUGUCAGAAGGUAUUCAAGACGAGCAACUCCGUGUACCUCCACAAGCAAGUCCACAAGAAGGAUGUCGUCGAACAUCUCUGCGAUCACUGCGGGAAGCCGUUUCCGAACCACGCCAAGCUGCGCAGCCACAUCGCGGGCCGCCACGCGCGCGCCGCCGCGCACCGCUGCGCCGCGUGCGGCGCGCGCUUCGCCUGGCACUCGUGCCUGUCGCGCCACGUGCGCCAGAAGCACGCGCGCUGACGUCACCGCGGCAGCGUGCGAGAGUCUAAUGCAUAAUGCGGCCUUCAUUUCGAUGUAUUUUAAUACAGGACUGACAUGUUGUAUGAAUGACAGAGUGUUGCCAGAUGUUAGCCAUAAACAGUACUUGUUCCGUACCAAAUUUCAUCGAAAUCGGCUCAGCGGUUUGCCAGUGAAGGAGUUUAAGACGGACCGAGUCGAGAUUUCUUUGUAUAUGAAAAAUACCU